AUGCAGAAGGAGGACAGUGUCGAGACUUGUGGCAGUGAUCCCGCAGCUCAGAGUGAUGGAGCUCUCUACACCGAGGAGUUCUUCAAGUGUACCUUUUUGGCCAGGAAGGUCGCGCAACGUCUACCCUUACAGGCCACCAACUGGUCGUCUUCUCCCAAUUUCGAAAAGGUUCUUUCCUUACACUUUCUGGUUGUUUGCAUGGUUCUGGUGUUAUUGUUCAGUUGUGUGGAACAUUUGUUACGAAGUUGAGGAUACUUUUUAUGAUGACAUUUGUAGGUCCCCAUCUCUGGCACAUCUACACCUCAAUUCAAUCGAACUGGAAGUGCCCAAUCUCUACCGCCGCAGAGCAACAGACCUUCACUAUACGAACAGGCAGUAAAUGGGUUGAACAAUGACAUGAAUGUACAAAAGGAAGUGGCACUGGGCAAACGGAUAGGAUUCUACAGACUUGGCAAGGAACUGGGGGCUGGAAACUUCUCAAAAGUUCGGUUGGGGGUGCAUGUUGUCACAAAAGGUAAUGGUUGUGUUUACAAUGUAUUCUGUUGUCCUAUAUAAUUAUUUAUCUACAAUUUUUAAUUUUUUUUUAUAUUUACUUUCAGAAAAAGUGGCAGUAAAAGUAAUGGAACGAACGCGGAUGGACCAGAAAGCCCAGAAGUUGUUGGCCAGAGAAAUCGAGACUAUGGAACUGACCCACCACCCCAAUAUCAUACGACUGUUUGAGGUAGUGUCGUCCACAAACCUGCGAAUUGUCUUUUCAUUUUAGUGUGUAGAAACAGUAUCCAAGACCUUCCUGAUCAUGGAGUAUGCUGGUGGUGGGGAACUGUACACUUACGUGCACGAUCAAGGCAAACUCAACGAACAAGUGGCCAAAAGCCUGUUCAGCCAGGUCGCUUCCGCCGUCUGCCACUUGGUAAGCUCUAAUAUUAGAAGCCUAAUCUCUUCCUCUUCCCCUCACAUGGCGUUCGUUUUCAGCAUUCGAAGCGGAUCGUACACAGAGAUAUAAAAGCAGAGAACGUCAUCUUCUCUCACCAAGGCUGGGUCAAGUUGGCCGACUUCGGGUUUUCGUGUCUUCAGAAGGACGACAACUUCUUGAGCACGUUCUGUGGUUCUCCACCUUACGCUGCUCCAGAAUUGUUCCGUGAUGAUGUAAGUUUUUUGUGAAAGAUAUUAUUCAUAAUACUUCAGUUACUAUGGCCAUAGCUAUGGUAUUGUUACACUGUAAAAUUUUACUAACUACCAGGAAACAUUGCUUUAAGCAAUAGUUUUCAGAAGUACCAAGGGCCAAUGGUUGACGUCUGGGCUCUGGGUGUCCUACUGUAUUUCAUGCUGGUAGGAGUAACUCCGUUCAAAGGAGAAACGGUACAAGAACUAAAGGGUAACAUCCUGAAGGGCGAGUACAAGAUACCAGAGUACGUGUCCAUAUUCGCUCAGAAUGUAAUCACGAAUCUGCUAGAGAUGGAUACCGAGAAAAGAUGGGAUACCUUAACAUUGAAGAAGGCCAGCUGGUUCAAGGACCUCAGAUUCAGCCAGUCGUACCUUCAGUUUAACGUAACUCCAGAUGAGAAACAUUUACAGACUUGUGAGACGGAGAGAAACGUCUGGAAAACGUUACACGACUUCGGAAUCACCCCUGAUAUGAUAAGGGAUUCCAUCGGGAAAGGGGCGCGCAAUGCCAUUAUUGGCAUCUACAGAAUCGUAACAUAUCAGCACCAAGUCCACGAUCUCGACAAAGAACGACUAAAAGUGAGUGAUGCCCCCUAUUAUGUGUGUUUUAGUUUGAAAACGUCAGACUUUGAUGAUCCUGCGUUUAAUGUCAUCAUAAUUAUUAUUUAAUAUAGUGAUCUACAAGUCUUUAUAUUUGCAGGUCAACGGUCAUCUCAUUGACAUGGGUCAAAGAAAAAAGACUGAAACCCGGAUGAAUCAAAAGAGCAAAACAUGUAGUAUAAUUUAA